AUGUCUGCCAGUUUCGGGGCUGUCGCCGAAGAGCAAAGCCAAGGACGGGCCACGCAGGGUCGUACCGGCUCGGAGAUCAUUUCGUUGAACACCAGUCCAGCCAUCCAACCUCCUCAAGCAUCCCAAUCCCCCAUAGCAAGAUCUGGUCCCGAUAAUGGUAUGCCUUUCGUCGGCAGCCUCAAAGGUCAUCGAGUUUCUGGGGGUCACAGAAGCGAAUCCGUCUCAGAGUCCACACCAGCCGGCGGCAACAGAAGCUUUGAUUCAUUGCCCUAUGUCAGGACCAACCGCUUGCCACCGAUGCAAUUGAAGUCUGCCCCAUCAGCUUUACGCUCAGCUUCGUCCAAGGCAACGAUAGCUUCGGCUAGCAAGCGGAAGAGGGACAGUAGUUUCGAGUCAAUGUCGCAGUCAAGUUCGUCGGAUGACAUUGAUGAGGAUGAAAUAGAGGCUUCACGCAUGUCUGAGAACAGUGCCGUCUACAGCGGGGUCCAGACAACUGCAACAGCUUCUGCAAUUUCUCAAAGAUCCAAUGAGGGUUUCGAUAUCCACUCCGAUGUAUCACAAACCCAACGCCAGUGGAACGGGCCAAACAUGUUUCGCACACGAACAGCGCUUAGUCCUAUCGUUUUGAGCUCUUCCGACGACGAGGAUGAGGAGAAUGGCACGACCAGCAACAGAAACAUGUGGCAGAUGAACCUUUUCAAUGGACAGAGUCACCACUCUAUCCUUUCUGCAGACGGCCAAUACCUCAGGGAUGCAAACCGACCAUCGAUCACUGGCGGAGUUGAUCAGCCACCAAAAAAGCUGACUUGCGAAGAGCGUCGACUCCAGUUGUGCGCAGCCUUCGACUCCGCUAAGUUCGACGCAAUGAUAUACGGACAGGCCGAAGCUACAAGCCCUCCCGAGGGGGUCCUACUACCGUCGGCUCUGAUCAAAAAAAUGACGAACGUCCAGUCUUCCGGCGAAGCUCGUGGGCAGCUUUACAUGAAGAUUGAUCCCCGUAUCCAUUGGCCGCACAACCGCUCCGAUCAAUGGUACAAACGCAAGAUGGACGAGAUCAAGGCCAGAGGUGGACGUAAGGCCAACUUUGGCAAGGCGGCCCAGCGCAUGCGGCAACAGAGACUUGAGGAGGAGCGGCGCGAUGAGCAAGAAAAGCUGGCCAUCGAGCAAGGCUUGCCAGCUCCGACCAGCAAGCCGCCUCAGCCGUGGUCGCACCACAGACCCAUGGAUUUUGGUGACGUUCCCGAGGAAGAACUGCCAGCGUAUGUCCGCAAGAAUCCGGAAUGGUUGCAGGCAACGGCAUGGAUGCGAGAGAACCGAGAGCAAAGUUUACUCAAGAACAAGGAAGCGGCCGCACUCCGUGCUGCUGGUCUGCCCUGGGACCAUCUGUUCUCUCGAAGCGGUCCCUGA